GUUGGUUGGAGAUUUAUAGGGGUGUAUGUAUGUUCUAUUUUCGGUUUGGUUUUAGGGCAAAAUCGAACCAAACCAAAAUAAAAUUCGAUUUUCACAUUUCAAGUGCAUAUCCAAUCCACAAUUUAUCCCAAACCAAACCACACCAAUUCGAAAUUACAAUACCAAAACCAAACAAAUCGAAAAAUCGAAAUCAUCUUGUGAUGCAAAAAAUUGUUUUCCAAAUCUUACAAAUAAUACGAAAAUUAUCAAGUUUCAAAUCAUCAAACAUAGAAGAAUUACCCCAAAUCACAACUAAAGCUUAAAAUCGAAGUACUAGAACUAAUAUAAUUAAAAAAAAUUAACGAAAAUAAUGAAAAAAAAGGUAAAGAAAAUGCAAGAUGUGCAAAAUUUGAUUUAAUUCGAUUUUUUAAAUAAAAAUUGAACCAAAUCAAAUACCGAAAAAAUAAAAAAAAAUUCAAUCCAAACCAAACCAAACCAAAUUAUUAUUUCAGUUUGAUUUCAUUCGGUUUUCGACCAAAUAGAUUUACUUCAUUCACAGUUUCACACCAUGCCGACUUGCUUUUUUUAAUCCGUGUGCAAGAUUCUCUUGGUGCUCUAAAAGUCUUUACAGUUAGCAAUUCGGUUAAGUGUAACUCUGGCCUGAAAUCACCAAAGCAAAGUUUAAAACUUUAAACCCUAAACCUUAAACCCUAACUAGUUUACUGCAUUUGUAACUACUACACGCUCUAAAGCAAUUCAAUCAUCCGGUAAAGAAUGUCGGUGAUUUUGAGAAAGGCAAUUCAUAGUUUGAGCAGGGAAGUGAUUAGGAACACUGGCAUAAUUAGGAGAUUUAGCUCUAUUUCAAGUAGGGCUGUUGUUGAUUUAGCUGCUAAAGAUGGGGAGCUAAGAGUGUUUGUAGUUGCUGGAGAGGUUUCUGGGGAUACCAUAGGUGCACGUCUAAUGGCUUCAUUGAAGAGGAUAUCACCUUUUCCGGUCAAAUUUUGUGGUGUAGGUGGAUCGAUGAUGGCUCUACAUGGAUUGCAAUCUCUGUUCCCUAUGGAAGAUCUUGCUGUCAUGGGAAUCUGGGAGUUGUUGCCACAUCUUUACAAGAUCAGAGCAAGGUUGAAAGAAUCACUGGAAGCUGCUUCCUUGUUCAAACCACAUGUCAUUCUGACAGUGGAUGCAAAGGGUUUCUCUUUCCGUUUCCUUAAAGAGUUAAGAGCUUCAUAUAAUCUGCAACUCUUAGAUAGACCUAUGCACUUCCAUUAUGUCGCACCAUCAUUUUGGGCAUGGAGAGGAGGUGAAGCAAGACUCAAGGGGCUAUCUCAUUUCGUAGACCAUAUCUUCUGUCUUUUGCCAUUUGAGGAAGAAGUUUGCAGGCUGAAUGGGCUAGCUGCUACUUUUGUGGGACACCCGGUGCUGGAAGAUUGUUUGCAACUGAAUUUAAUUGCUAUGGGGGUCUUGCUAUUUGGUUCGUGUAUUCUGAAGUUGCUAAGCUGCAAGAGAGAGACACUAUUGCUUGGAAGGUUCACGCAAAUAGUCAAGAGUUCAGAAGUAAAUUUGAUAUUCCUUCAGGCGAGCACGGCUGCAUUAUGUACUUCUGGAACUGUUGCAGUGGAGUUGCAGCUUGCGAGGUUACCAUGUCUUGUCGCUUAUAGAGCCCAUAUAUUAACAGAGUGGUUAAUUCGUUAUAAAGCCCAAGUGCCAUACAUAUCCCUUCCUAAUAUCCUCUUGGAUUCACCUUUCAUUCCGGAAGCUCUGUUCAACUCUUGCACAGCCAGAAAUUUGGCAUCGACUCUCACGGAACUAAUCCAAGAUGAGGGCCUUAGAGAACAACAAAUGAAGUCCGCUGAAAGAGUUGUUCAGCUCUUAAGUCCUCCAGCAAACAAUUAUGUACAAUAUGAAUCAGAAGAUAUUUCACAACCUAGUAUGAUUGCUGCAUCUACUUUAUUGCAUUAUAGAAGGUGCGAAUAACAGUUACAUUGAUUAUUCCAUUUUAUCUAAAAUAUAAUCUUGCAAAACAGAAAAUUAUAGUGUCUUCUUUUCCUUCUUAUUGAUCCUGCUUACUGAUUCCUUCUCAGUUAGCAGUAAAGUUUGGUUGUGAAAACAUCGAAUGCACUUAAUCUUCCAUCACUGAUCGGAGCUUGAUUUUCUUGUCUUGAAUUAGCUCUACACUGUUUCUCCUUUUUACAUUUUGAGGGGUAACUCUAGUUUCUUCUAAUGGAGGAAUAUUGUUUGGUUGUAUAUUGAUUGUGAUUUUAUCUAGGGAGGAGAGAGAGGGUUGCGACUUGUGAUUGCAUUCAAAUUCAUAUGAUUAAGGGGGGUGUAUUAUGAAACAUCUAAAAGAGAAAAUGGUGAUGAGAUUAUGUAAUUAUAAGACAUUCAUAGAAGAAAAAUGGUGCAUAUAUUGUGAAAUAGAAGUAAUACUUCGUUAGUCGAAUAAUAAUUGCAUUCAGACCUCAUUUAGUGAUUUCUUUGCAUUCAUACCUUAUUUACAUGCAUGGACACUAUCUUAAUUCUUAAAUAAGCUUAGUCAAAUGAAAAGCAAAUUUUGUUGGCAUUAUAUAUGAAAAUCAUACUACUUAUUCGACCAAUUGUUUUAUGAUAUAAUUAUUUAAUAGGAUAUAGGUGAUGCUUCAUGUUAUUAAUAUUUUUCGUGUCAAAAUAGUAACAUCUAAUGUUGCAUAGUUUAUUGGUUAGAACUUUACUAUAUUGAUUAACGUUACGUGGCCGAAUCUUGUACGGAGCAUGUUUCUAAUUUUUUGUAAUAUAUAUAUUGAUAACAUCUAACCAACUAAAGGGAUGGUAUCAUGUAGGAUGUGACUUGCUUAACAACACUUUUAAAUGUAGGUCAAAACACAUCUAUGUACAUAUUUCAAAAUUCAUAAAUGCUCGUCAUUCUAUAAUAACUGGUGGAUUGUAUUGAUUUUGGCCAAUCUAACCAAAAGUAUAAUCAUUAGGUGUAAAAUUUUCAAUGCCUCAUCAUAUAUUUUCUAAUUUUGGUGAAAAACAAUCUUCCAUUUUCAUUUUAAAAAAUAGAAAAACAG